AUGCCGUCCACAGAUCCUGAGCGUGACGCAUCUCUGGCGUCGAAGGAGAUACAUUCCACGAACGACAAUGUAAAUCCAAAAGAUAUUCCAGCUGCCCCAGAUGGUGGUCUCAGAGCUUGGCUUGCUGCAGCUGGGGGCUCCUGCAUCUUUUUUUCCGCUUUGGGGUUUGCAAAUGCGUUCGGGGUCUUUGAAGAGUACUAUCUAUCCCACCAGCUCAACGGCAAAUCCGCAGACGAUGUGGCUUGGAUAGGAUCGUUGGCUUCUUGUCUUCAAUUUAUGUCCGGUGCCAUUGGAGGACCGUUAUUCGAUAGAUAUGGUGGUUGGGUUAUUCGGCCCGGCGCUGUUCUGUAUAUCUUCGCAAUUAUGAUGACCAGUCUAUGCAAGGAGUAUUGGCAAUUCAUCCUCGCCCAAGGAAUUCUAACGGGCAUUGCUAUGGGUUUGAUUCAAUUCCCAGCUAUGGCAGCGGUCACUCAGUACUUCGAUAAAAAGCGAGCCGCUGCUCUAGGAGCAGUGGUAGCAGGAUCCUCGCUUGGAGGUGUGGUCAUACCCAUUGCACUUUCAAAGAUGCUGGACAGUACUUCCUUGGGAUUUGGCUGGUCAGUACGAAUCAUUGGCUUUAUUCUUAUUCCCAUGCUUGCUUUCUCAUGUGUCACCGUAACGGCCCGCCUUCCACCAAGAAAAUCUGCAUUCUUCCUGGCUGCGCCCUUUAAGAGCUUGAAAUACUGUCUGAUUACUGCCGCCAUGUUUUUCAUGUUCGUUGGGAUGUUUGCUCCGCUGUUCUAUAUUCCGACCUACGCGGUAUCUCGAGGCAUGGAAACUACACUUGCCUCGUACCUGCUUGCCAUCCUCAACGCAGCCUCAACAUUUGGCCGAGUAAUUCCGGGUGUGUUGGCUGACAAGUUUGGCCGGUUAAACGUCUUCACAAUUGGUGGCUUUGCGACAGGCAUUGUCAUUUUCUGUUUUGACAAAGCUGAAUCUACAGCUGCAUUGGUGGUCUACUCUAUCGCAGUUGGAUUCGCAUCUGGAACGAUCAUCUCCGGUGGAACUGCAGCUCUCACCAUCUGCGUCGAGAACCCCCAGGAAUUUGGAACAUACCUGGGGAUGGCCAUGGGAUGUGCCUCCAUUGCAGCGCUUAUUGGACCCCCCGUGAAUGGGGCCUUAAUCAACCAUUAUGGGUUCGCUGAGAUGUCAUAUUUCAGUGGCUCCAUGACGAUUGUUGGUGGAUUCAUUGGACUUGCGGCUAAAGCUGUGACCCCCCAGGGAAUUUUUGGAAGAGUAUAG